UUAGGGUUAGGGUUAGCAUUAUCAUGAAGAGGUUUCAUUCAGGUCUCUCUUUAAAUAAACACUGUCUUUGGCAGGAGGAAAACCAAACUUCGAGGAACCAAAGAUGUCCAAACCAGCAAGACGACACCUCUGCUCCCAAUGUGGAAAGAGUUUUAACCAGUUAGGAAGCCUGAAAGCUCAUGAGCGAAUACACACAGGGGAGUUGCCUUACCACUGCUCCCAGUGUGGAACUAGGUUUACCAAAUUAGGAAGCCUGAAAAGACAUGAGAGGAUACACACAGGAGCGAAGCCACACCAUUGCGCCCAGUGUGGAAAGAGUUUUAACAAGUUAGGAAACAUGAAAUCUCAUGAGCGAAUACACACAGGGGAGAAGCCUUACCACUGCUCCCAUUGUGGAAAGAGUUUCAGAGAGUCAGGAAAGCUGAACGCUCAUAAGCAAAUACACACAGGGGAAAAGCCUUACCGCUGCUCCCACUGCGGAAAGCGUUUUAACCAUUCAGAAAAGCUGAAAGAACACAUGAGACUGCACACAGGAGAGAACCCUUGCAAAUGCUCAGACUGUGGGAAGACAUAUUACUCAUCACGGUCACUUAAACGUCAUGUGAGAAUCCACACGGGAGAAUAAUUACUUCUCCUCGUGUGUAAAUUCAUGUUUCACAUCACAUUGACUUAAAGUUCAUUAGAGAACAUACACAGUGCUCCAAUUUAUAUUGUUGACUGAGAAUGUGUUUACUUGUUUUUACCAUAUUGAAUUGUACAAAGUAGUCUUAAACAUAUAUUUGUAUGUUUUUACGAGAAAACAUGAAGUGAAUAUGGAGUCUGUCAGUUUGAAUAUAGAGUAGAUCAGAUUCCAUGUGUUUAAAUGGUCCUUUUUUAAACUCUGACUGUGUGUGUGUUUAUCUGGGUGUGUCAUUCCUCCAGCACUACAGAUAGUACAGUGAUAUUUGGAUGUGAUGCAUUUGCUCCAUUGUUUACAUUGGGGGGGAAAACAAUUGAAUCAAUUUUAGAAUAAUGCUGAAAUAUAACAACAUUUGGAAAAGGUGAAGGGGUCUGAAUACUUAACGAAUGCACGUGUGUGUAUACUGAACCAAAAUAUAAACAACAAUUUCAACGAUUUACAGUUCAUAUAAGUCAGUCAUUGUAAAUAAAUAAAUUAGGCACUAAUCUAUGGACUUUACAUGACUGGGCAGGGGCGCAGCCAUUGGUGGGCCCUGGAGGGCAUACGCCCACCCAUUGCGGAGCCAAGCCCAGCCAAUCAGAAUGAGGUUUUCCCCACAAAAGGGCUUCAUUACAAAGAGAAAUACAAGUCGGGUGGCUGGUCUCAGACAAUGUGGAGGUCCUUGGCUGGCGGCGUUAUAUGUGGUCUGUGGUUGUGAGGCCAGUUGGAUGUACUGCCAAAUUCUCUAAAACGACGUUGGAGGCGGCUUCUGGUAGAGAAUUUAACAUUCAAUUAUCUGGUAACAGCUCCAGUGGAUAUUCCUGCAGUCAGCAUACCAAUUGCACACUCCCUCAAAACUUGAGACAUCUGUGGCAUUGUGUUGUGAUAAAACUGCACAUUUUAGAGUGGCCUUUUAUUGUCCCCAGCACAAGGUGCACCUGUGUAAUGAUCAUGCUGUUCAGUCAGCUUCUUGAUAUGCCACACCUGUCAGGUGGAUGAAUUAUCUUGGCAAAGAAUAAAUGUUAACCAACAGGGAUGUAAAAAAUUCUGCAAUCUUUUUUUUUAGCUCAUGAAACAUCCAACACUUUACAUGUUGCCAUUAUAUUUUUGUUUAUUGUAGUAACUAUCAGUUUUAGGAAAAAUAUUUCAACUUAUUUUUUACUUUACUCAAUAUAUGACUUCAGCGAUAGUCAACAUGUUGAAAACCUGUGAAUGUCUAAAUAAGAAAUUGGGCCAUUUAAACAGCAGGUGUCGAACACUUUAGACAACGGGGAGAAUUUUUUGAUGUGCUUUGUGUCUUCGACGUAAAAACAAGUUUUAGACUUCCACACAAAAUUACUUAUUUACUUAUUUUAUGUUUAACCUGUUGAGGAUAGAGGGCGCUAUUUACACUUUGGGGAAAAGUCGUGCCCAAUUUAAACGGCCUCGUACUCUAUUCUUGCUCGUACAAUAUGCAUAUUAUUAUUACUAUUGGAUAGAAAACACUCAAGUUUCUAAAACCGUUUGAAUUAUAUCUGUGAGUAAAACAGAACUCAUUUUGCAGCAAACUUCCUGUCAGAAAGUGAAAAAUCUCAAAUCGAGGCUCUGUUCUAGGGCUUGCCUAUAAAUGUGCUUGAUAUAUAUUAGUAUACAUGCACUUCAUACGCCUUCCACUAGAUGUAAACAGGCAGUGAGAGAAGAAAUGGAGUGUAUAACUUGAUCUGAGGUCGAAUAAAAGCUCUUGGCAUGACGUGACACCAGUUUCCUGUUUUCUGGAGCGCGCGAGAAGGGACCUGGUAUUGCCUUCUGAAAAGCUGUCGUUAUAGACGACUAAUAUCUCCGGCUUUGAUUUUAUUUGAUAAAUGUGACAAUAUCAUCGUAAAGUAUGUUUUUUCAAUAUAGUUUUGUUAGAUUAUUGAAAUUUUUUCGGGACGUUAGGCGUGUUGCUUUGUCUGCGUUUGUUCACGAAGGAGAGCUUCGCGCCACUUUGCUAGCUUUCCGUGCUAAUUGACUGCAGAAGAGGACAUUCUAAAACCAAACAACGAUUGUUCCCGACAAAGGACCCAUUGUACAACAUUCUGAUGGAAGAUCAUCAAAAGUAGGACCCAUUUUAUGAUGCUAUUUCAUAUAUCUGUCGCACAUGUGUACUAUUAGUUUGCGCCCAGAUUUUGGGCACUCUCUCGCCAUAACGUAAGCUGGAUGUCGUAAUGAAGUUAUUUUUAGAAUUCUAACACGGCGAUUGCAUUAAGAACUAGUGUAUCUAUAAUUUCCUAUACAACAUGUAUUUUUUUAGUAACGUUUAUGAAUAGUUAUUUGGUCAGAAUAGGUGAGUGUCCUAAAAAUAUCCGGACUUUCUGGGAAAAAGAUGCUACGUUAGCACAAUGUAUAACCACUGAUUUCAGCUCUAAAUAUGCACAUUUUCGAACAAAACAUAAGUGUAUUGUAUAACCUGAUGUUAUAGGACUGUCAUCUGAUGAAGCUUGUCGAGGUUAGUCAAAAAUUAUAUAUCUUUUGCUGGUUUGUUACGAUCGCUAGCUUUUGCUGCUGGUAAAUGUCUUGUGUUUCUGGCUAUUGUGGUAAGCUAAUAUAAUGCUAUAUUGUGUUUUCGCUGUAAAACACUUAAAGAAUCGGAAAUAUUGGCUGGAUUCACAAGAUGUUUGUCUUUAAUUUGCUGUACACCAUGUAUUUUUCAUAAAUGUUUUAUGAUGAGUAUUUAGGUAUUUCAAUUUGGUCUCUGAAAAAUGUCUGUGCUUUUAUAUUUGUAUUUGGUGGUGAGCUAACAUAAAUAUACGUGGUGUUUUCGCUGUAAAACAUUUAAAAAAUCGGACAUGUUGGCUGGAUUCACAAGAUGUUUAUCUUUCAUUAGCUGUAUUGGACUUGUUAAUGUGUGAAAGUUAAAUAUUAAAAAAAUAUAUUUUUUGAAUUUCGCGCUCUGCCUUUUCAGUGGAAUGUGGGAGGAGUGGCGCUAGAGGAACCCCUGUCCUAGACAGGUUAAGGAAGUGUGUAGGUCGCAUUCUGUAUCAUACAGCUAUGAAAGUUAUAUAUUUAGAACAGCUAUGAAAGUUAUAUAUUUAGAACCACCUGCUCAAUUGGAAUCCAGCGACGUCUGUGUCCUAGAACUGUUUAGUUUUUUGUGUUCGGACUGGUAAAACAGGAUGAGUAAAAUAAGUAAUGUAAACAUAUCAGUAAUUACCAGGAAGCUCUACAUUUAUUUUAAAAUCACACUAAGAUUGUUAAAACUGGCCUCAGGUUAUUGAGGGAUCUGAUUAGGAUUUGCCCUCAUAGCAAGGUUGGUUUAUCAUGUGGAGGUUUCAUUCAGGUCUCUAUUUUUUAAAAACACACUGUCUUUGGCAGGAGAAAGACCAGACUCAGAGGAAUCAGAGCCAGGGAUGUCCAAACCAGCAAGACGACACCAGUGCUCCCACUGUGGAAAGGGAUGGAACCGAUUAUGGGACCUGAAACAACACAAGAGAAUACACACAGGGGAGAAGCCUUACCACUGCUCCCAGUGUGGAAAGCGGUUUAACCAGAAAGGUAAUCUGAAUGAACAUGAGAGAAUACACAGAGGGGAGAAGCCUUACCACUGCUCCCAGUGUGGAAAGUGUUUUAAACAGUCACGGGAGCUGAAACGGCAUGAGAGAAUACACACAGGGGAGAAGCCUUACCACUGCUCCCAGUGUGGAAAGAGUUUUAACGAUUUAGGGAACCUGAAUCGACACGAGAGAAUACACACAGGGGAGAAGCCUUACCACUGCUCCCAGUGUGGAAAGCGGUUUAACCGGAAAGGUUAUCUGAAUGAACAUGAGAGAAUACACAGAGGGGAGAAGCCUUACCACUGCUCCCAGUGUGGAAAGCUGUUUAACCGGAAAGGUCAUCUGAAUGAACAUGAGAGAAUACACAGAGGGGAGAAGCCUUACCACUGCUCCCAGUGUGGAAAGUGUUUUAAACAGUCAGGGGAGCUGAAACGGCAUGAGAGAAUACACAGAGGGGAGAAGCCUUACCACUGCUCCCAGUGUGGAAAGAGUUUUAACGAUUUAGGGAACCUGAAUCGACACGAGAGAAUACACACAGGGGAGAAGCCUUACCACUGCUCCCAGUGUGGAAAGUGUUUUAAACGGUCAGAGGACCUGGAACGACACGAGAGAAUACACACAGGGGAGAAGCCUUACCACUGCUCCCAGUGUGGAAAGCGGUUUAACCAGAAAGGUCAUCUGAAUGAACAUGAGAGAAUACACAGAGGGGAGAAGCCUUACCACUGCUCCCAGUGUGGAAAGAGUUUUAACGAUUUAGGGAACCUGAAUCGACACGAGAGAAUACACACAGGGGAGAAGCCUUACCACUGCUCCCAGUGUGGAAAGUGUUUUAAACGGUCAGAGGACCUGGAACGACACGAGAGAAUACACACAGGGGAGAAGCCUUACCACUGCUCCCAGUGUGGAAAGAGUUUUAACGAUUUAGGGAACCUGAAUCGACACGAGAGAAUACACACAGGGGAGAAGGCUUACCACGAGAGAAUACACACAGGGGAGAAGGCUUACUACUGCUCCCUUUGUGGAAAGGGUUUUGACGAGCCGGGGGAGCUGAAAUGGCAUGAGAGAAUACACACAAGGGAGAAGCCUUACCACUGCUCCCAGUGUGGAAAGUGUUUCAACCAGCCGGGGGAGCUGAAAUGGCAUGAGAGAAUACACACAGGGGAAUUGCUGUCUUAUAUUGUUGACUGAUAAUGAUUACCUGUUUUUACCAUAUGAACUUGAAUUGUACAAAGUAUACUAAAACAUAUAUUUGUGUGUUUUUAUUAGAAAACAUGAAUUGAAUAUGGAGUUUGAAUAUAGAGUAGGUCAGAUUCCUUCUGUUUUAAAUGGUCCUUUUUUAAACUCUGACACUGUGUGUGUGUUUAUCUGUGUGUCAUUCCUCCAGCACUGCAGAUAAUCAAGUGAUAUUUGGAUGUGAUGCAUUUGUUCCGUUGUUUACAUUUGCAAUGUUGGCCCACUGAUGAUUUAAUGAAAUGAAAAUGUUCACAGACUCUGUAAUGCAAAAUGUUAAUUGUAUGUGUCCACAUAUCUGAGUAUGUGACUAACCUUGUGAAACUGUCCUAUUAUAAUCUGGUGGAUGAAUCAAAAUUAGUUGGGUAACAUAGAUAAUUAAGAUCUCUUAUCUGCAUAAUAUGCUGAUGUGAUAUACUUGUUAUUAGAAUGUAUCCCUUCGGACUCUGGUGUUGGCAGUUGCACUUCUUCCCUCAGCUGGGGCUCAGUCACCUGGGGCCCAGAGAGGGGAGAGGUCAGGCUUGUCUUUUACAUGUCCCUGGUGCUAUGCAGAAUAUCAGGAAGGGAAGAGGACAGGAGUGGACAUUGUCUUCAUAUGUGAAUGUAUCUGUUAAACUAUGUGAAGGGAUGGUGUGAUUAAUGGGGAACCACUUACUGGUUUCCACAAUGUCUGUGCGCAAGUCACUCCCUCCUUUGGCAUUGGGGGGAGGUGUAUGGCAGUGUCUUGAACCAUUGUAUGUCCUCUCUGAUGUUGCACUUAUCCUGGGAUAGUGUAUGACCUAGAGGCUCACUCCCCUCAGUGAGCGUGUCCAGGAGUGGGGUCAAGAAGGGGUUUUACUUGAGAUGGGGGUAUCUAGAGUUGACAAUUGAGUUAUGCCAUUGGAUGAGUUGGUGUUUUUGUGCUAUGAAGUACCAGGAACGAGAUUAGAACCUCGUCUUAGGGACCAAACUGAAUGAUAAAUUAUAGCGAAUGCUAUCUGGCUACGGGAUACUCCUUUCUCAUUAUAAAGUCUCACUUUGUAAACUGUUCCUAAUAUCUGUGGUUUGUUAUGUCGACUAGGGGGGUGGAUCUUUGCUAUAAAAGAUCUCAGUAGCCAUUGUGUUGCCACUCUCAACGGUUCAUUAGAAAUAGUGAAUUGUUGAAAGUCAUUGCAAAGAUCUUAUUAUUAAAGAUGUAGUUUAAGUAUAACUCUGAUUGGUGUGUGAACUUUGUCUCUCCACAUUUGGUAAUACAGAAAUUAACCACCACAGACUAACCUUGUGAAACUGACCUAUUAUAAUCUCCUGUUCUUGGACAUAACUGAGUAUGUGACUAACCUUGUGAAACUGUUCUAUUAUAAUCUCCUGCUCCUGGGAGUAUCAUCCUGCGUUGCAAACCAGCUGCACCUGCAUCCUUGUAUGAAUAAAGUUCCUCCCAGGAACAGGAAACUAUAAAGAUAUGUGCUCAUCACCCAAUGCUUCAGGAAUUCAAACUGUCUACACUGCGCUGUGUAACUGUUAUUCUCUCUGAGCUCAGAAAUAAAGAAUCUUGGUUUGA